CUCAGUUCUAGUUGCAUCGCCUGCCGCAAGAGGUUCGUGAGUGCCUGCUCCCAAAAACAUCGCUCCGAGCGUCUAAAGAAGACACCGACAUGGCAGUAUGAUUCGUAAGUAAUUCUCACAUUUAUUGAAGAGCAGCUGUGAUAAGAAAAUACUGAAAAAAAUCUGCAAAGGUUGACUGGAGACGCCAUGGAAGAUAUAAGUAAAUAAAUCUUAUUUUUAUUACAUUUAAAGAAAAAUAAAGACCUUCAAGUGACAAUCGAUAUAUAAUAAAAGUUAAUAAUAAAUUACAAUAGUUUUUAAAAUCGUAUACUGUUGUUAAAUUAAAAGACAAAAUGAAAAAUAACGACGAAACUAUUUUGGAAAUAUUGCAAGGGCACAAAACUAGCAAAUGGCCUAGCGCCAAACUUGUCAAGAUUUUUAUUUCAAGUAGCAAAGAAGAUUUUGUUAACGAGAGACGAAUACUUUUAGAAAAUAUAGGACCUGAAUUACAUUCAGUAUUUGAAGAUCAUCAGAUUGAGGUAGAAUUAGUUGAUAUGCAUUAUGGUUCUGAUGAAAGAGAAUUGUAUGAUCCUUGGAUUUUCAAAGAUCAUUUACAAGAGAUCCGAAAUUGUCAUAAAAUAUCUAGGGGUUGUUUCUUUCUGAGUUUGGUUGGAGAUAAAUAUGGUCCCUUAAUCGUUCCUGAAAAGUUUGACAAAGACAUAUUUUUGUCACUAUCAAACGUAGCACAAGACCUAGGCCAUAAUUUUGAGUUAUUAGAAAGACUCUACCUUAAAAGGAACGAAGAAUAUGUAUUAUCUGACAUUAGAGAUAUGAACUCAGAAGAAUGGAAAACUCAAUCGUCGGAAAUAUUAAACCUCAUACACGCAUGCAUGGAAAGAAUGGCCGAUACAUCUCGAAAAAAAGUAGGCCAGAUCCUACAUUCGAUUGUCGAACAGCAGCUGGAUUAUGCCUUGGGGCUGGCUCCAGGCACAGCUUACCAUGUUAUAAAUGUUACUAGGGAGUAUGAGAGUGAAAAUUCUAGCGAGAAAUACGAUUUUUAUAAGAAUAAAAUGCAAUAUUCCGAUGAAGUAAGGAGCUACUGUCAAUCACAGCUGCGGGCCUUCAGAUCUCACAUAAAAAAUAUCAUACCCGAAGAAAAUAGGUUGUGUUUCCACGUGCCGUGGAAAGAUGGUGAGUUAGAUCACAGCGAGCCUGAUCACGAAUCAUAUCUAAACAAAUUUAAGAACAGCGUGUUUCAUAAAAUCAAAGCAAUGAUCAGUAAGAGUUUAGAAGACGACCCCGAGUUAAAAUCAAAGAAAAAAAUCGUUGAAGAGAAUUUCCAAGAAAACAUUACACAUUUAACACUGUGCUACGACGAAAUCAAGACGGACUUUUCCCAUUCCGAGCUGCACGACAAAAUCAAACAGUUAAUAGAGGACGGUAACCAGCGCAGGCACCCCCCAAUUCUAAUCUAUGGUAAUCAGGGUUCUGGAAAAACGUCCCUUAUUCAAACGGUGUACCGCAGCUUCGAGCAGUGGUUCUCAUGCCGAACGUUGAGGAUCGUAAGAUUUAUCGCCAGCACCCCCCGAUCCUCUUACAGCUUAGAACUCCUCAGAAUUAUCUGCCAGCAGAUCUGCAUCGCUCUUAAGUUACCCGAAGGGUUUUUGCCAAAGGACGCUAGCUUUGAUCCGUUGUAUACGAACAAUUGGUUUCAAACUUUACUGAGAACUUUCGAGGAGCUGAAUUUCGUUCUGGGAAUUUUUUUGGACGACUUGCACCUGAUAAAUCCUCUAGAUUCCGACAUGAUGUCCACCCUGAGCUGGUUACCUAUCAGUCUACCCAAGAACGUUCACAUAGUGUGCACGUCAGGCGUGCCAAUCGAUUUAAUGAGACUAACUCAGGUUCAAAAAGAUAAAUUAAGACAGCCCGAGUGCUAUAUCGAAAUGGCUCUAGCCCAGUCACAUGUAGAGUGUGUUAAUAAGGCACUGGAUAACUUGGAAAAAUUAUAUGGCAAGGAGGCUAUUUCCAGGUUGGCAUCACUGAUAACAUGCUCCGAAUAUGGACUUACAGAAAUCGAAAUCUUAGAAAUUCUGAUGCCUACCUCUGACAGCGAAGCUAUAAUUUCCAUAAAAGAUGCUAAAUUUAAUUUUUCGUCUUUGUGCAGCGUUAAACAGAAAUUGGCACCUUUAAUACGUGAAAAAAUCAUGAGCGGAAAAUUGCUGAUCGAAUGGAAGCAUGUUAUGAUAAAAGAGUUAACAAAAAGUCGAUAUUUGCCAAACGCCGAAACAACCAAAAAUAUCCAUGGGGAAAUGGUCACGUUAUUUUUCAGCGAAUUUUUAGAAGAAAAUAGUGACGAUGAGGCGUCCGAAGGAGAACCAGCACCAUUGCUGUCUGAGAUAAAAGAAACGCCAUUCCAAUCGACCUUGCAUAAAGAUGUAACUUACAGGCUAAGGCACGUGGAGGAAGCCUGGAUUCAUUUGCUAAAAAGUGGCGAUAUUAUCAAACUGAAAAAUCUCUGCAUGUGUAACUACGAUUUUCUCCUCGCUGCGCUGCAAACCUUUUCCGUAAGCUAUCUCAGAUGCUUGUUAGAACACGUACGUUGCUAUUUGCUAGAAAGAGAAAUUGAACUAGUGUACUAUUCUAUAAGGAAAUCCACAGAUGUCCUUACUAGAGAUACAUUCCAGUUAGGGACACAGCUUAUAUCAUGGCUAAGGCCUGUAACAGAGAAAGGUGGUGGAUUAAUGAGCGACUUAGUAACGUCGGCGAUGGCAUGGUGCGACGGUUUCACCCUUCCGUUAGUAGUUCCGUUAAACGAUUGGUUACAACCGCCUCUACCGACACAAUCAAAAAUAAUGACUACGCCAGAUGUUAGACUAAUUGAAUGCACUCCAAACGGUCAACAUGUAGUCGUUGUAGUUGAUACAGAUCCACAACUAUGGCACAUUAUGACGAAUCAGUUAGUUCAUGUGUUUAAAGGUCAUGCGGACAAAGUAAACUGUAUGGCAGUUACCAAGCAGAGCCAAUAUUUACUAACCGGAUCAGACGAUAUCAGCAUAAUAGUUUGGGAUUUGAAGGGAUUAAAUCUCAAGUUAAAAAUAUCGGAGCAUAUAGCGCCGGUACUGUGUAUCACCAGCGCCCUGAACAAUUCCGUCAUUAUAAGCGGGGGUGAAGACAGCAGUAUUAUUAUAAGUUCCCUAGGCACUGGGAGGGUAGUUACCAAAAUAGAUCACCACAGGGGCCCUGUUACUGCUAUAAAGGUGACAUCUCAUGGUGACAUAAUGGUUUCUGGCAGUAAAGAUGGAAAAGUUUGUCUAUGGUCAUUAAACAAUUACAGUUUGCUAAACACCAUAAUGAUAACCUCUCCAGUUCAAAUGCUAGACGUAUCCAUGGAUUGCAUUUGGCUAGUAGCUUGUUGCAAGGAUAACAAAGUCUACAUCAAAACUGUAGCAACUGGAACGGAUGUUCACACAAUUAUUUUAGAACACAAAGCAAAGGUACGAUCACUGUGUAUAACUCAAGAUAGUUGUCGAAUUGUGAUGGGAUGUUCAGACAAAAAAGUCUAUAUUUACGAUAUUCACAGUGCAAAAUUAAUUAAAACCCUGUCUGGUCAAACUGGGGAGGUUUCUUCAGUUAAAGUAACUGACAGGGAUGAUUUUCUACUCACAGCAGGAGGUAAUCGAAUAUUGUUCUACCCUUUUCGAAGCACCGACCACAUAAAGAGUUUCUUAAAAUUAAAGAAAAAGACACAUCAUCACUUGACAGCCCAUAGUGGUUUUAUAUCUUGCUUGGACAUUUCCCGAGAUGGUCAGUUGUCAGUGACCGGGGCGUCAGACAAUUUAUUGAACGUAUGGCAGUUAAAUAAUCAGGAAUUAGUACUGACACUGAACGGCCAUACGGGACCUGUUACAGCAGUGAGCUUUGCACCCAGUGCAUUAUUCGUUGCAUCAGGGUCUGAAGACAAAACAGUCAAAGUUUGGGGAUUGACAUUAGGAACACUUGUAUUGACGUUUUCGAGACACCAGACAUCAAUAACCGCAGUAUUCGUCCUCAUGGACUCUAGCAGAAUUAUUUCUAGUGAUAUUAACGAUACAAUUUAUAUUUGGCAUGCCGACAAUGGGACGGUGCUUCAGUCGUACUCUGGACCAAGCGAAUGCGUCAAAACAACGACAAACAUGAAAUAUGCUGUUGCUACAAACGGCGACACGACUUUAAAAAUAUGGUCUUUAGUAAAAGAUGACGAACGAUACACUGUAACACAUUCAGAAGAAAUAACUUGCUUCGUUUUGACUACAGAUUCUCAGCACAUUGUCACAGGCUCGAAAGAUAUGUCGCUGAAAGUUUGGCAAGUUAGUGGUGGAAAACUGUCACAGGUCUUAAUUGGUCAUACUGAUACAGUAACCUGUGUGGCGGUGGCUGUGUCAGACAAAACUCACUUGGUAUCAGGAAGUUGCGACAAUAACCUUAUUGUAUGGGAUAUCAACACUGGCGCUGAUCUACACACCCUUUCAGCUCAUCUGAGCUUCGUCAGCUGCUGUAAAAUGAGUGGAGAUGGAAGCAUAGUCAUAUCUGGUUCGGACGACAAAAGUAUAAUUAUCUGGGAUACAAAGCAGGGCUUACAGUUAACAUCCCUUCAGCUGCAUUACCCGAUCGUCGGUGUAGAGCCAACAUCCGACUUUUCCAGAAUAGCAGUUUUGCUGAAAGAUACUCAAUACAGCCCUAUUAUUUGCCUCCACAAUACUCCCGCCAAAUAUGUCAAAUUACCAACGUAUUGUGCCCCUGAUAAGGAUAUUAUAGAGAAUCCGAAACCCGCACCUAAACGUCAGAUGAAGAGGUUGCUCAAGAAAGAAGUCUCGCUGGACACAUAUACAUGGCAGAAGAAAUACGCCCAUCUCACUUCCAACCUGGUCAUACCAUCCAUCGACGAAAGGUUCAAAAGGCGAUUUUCUGUAUCAGCUAGCAUGGAAGAAAUAUCUAAAAUACCCCAGAACGACCAAAAGGGCAUGGGGUCAAAACAGGCAUCCCUGGCUCAAUCUCAGCAUUUCGAUCAGCUCGAAGCCCUUUGGAAUAAAAGAUCGCCACCCAAUCGAAGAAAAUUACAUCAGAGUUUAUCAAAGCAGUCAUCUCUGGCUGAAUCGCAAAUAUAUUCUUCCGAAGAGGAACACUUAGACGCCGGACAAUCAUAAUUUUAUUCUUUGCUUCAUUUUAACGUUGUUUUAAAACAAACUAUUUAUAAUGGAAAUCGAAGUUCAAAUAAACCUUUUUCUAUCGUUUUAUAAACCUACGGUAUUGUUUAAUAUUCGAAUAUCGCCAUUGUUUCUUUCAAAAAAAAAACUUUUUCCCCAAAAAAAUCAUUGUCUAACAAAAAAACAAUAUUUAUUAUCGAUAAAGUGCUUCUUCUCUAACAUAAUAUAAAUGAGUGUUUCCUAGUUACAACUUUUCUAUAUUUGUUCAGAGGCUCCGAAAAAACAUCAAUCUUUAGACCUCCCUGCUGGACAAUAAAUCCAUUUGUCUUAAUAAACCUUGAUAGAAAUUUAAAACGCGUUAAGUAAAAAAUUGUUGGAAUAAAACGAUAUAUUUGAUGUUUUUCGGGUCCUUCUUUCCUCCUAGGAUAAUAGAAAUAAGUAUUAUAUGAUGUUGCACAGAGAGUUAGUAAGUGAAUCCAUUCCAUUACCUAAAAAAAAUCUAUCCUCGAACUGCUAUCGUUCGUAGUCAUAUACAUAUUUAUAAAAUCCUUCAAAAAAGGGUCCCUUAGCUUUAAGCAAAAAUACUCUUUAUAUACAGGGUUAUUCACAAAAAAGAUCUUAGAAGUUUCUUAUGUUUCAAUUUCAAUAAAUCACGAAAAUUGGCAAUAAAAAUAAAAAUAUUAAUAAUUUAAUUUAAAGAGGUAAAAAAAGCAUCAGAAACUUCUAACGAAUCAGAACUUGUAUAGUACCCUGGUUUCAUGUUAUUAAAUGCCUACUAUUAAUAUAUUUUUAUAUUUAAGUUUAUACUAAAAAUUUUAUAUGAAAUUUGUUACACAAAUGCGUAAGAUUCGAUAAAAAACAUAACAUAAAAUUGCAGUCUUUUGUUGAAUAGUCUGUAAAGAUGUAUAUUCUGUUUUAGAAGACAGGUUAAUUCCAGUAAGUCCUAUAGGUUUUAUAUCUUGCGAUAAAACUAUACAUAUCAAGGAAAUUAUUAUAUGUAGAACGGAAUUGAACAAUUUAAAUCAAUAACAGAUUAUAUGGCAAAUAUCGAAUUUACUUAAUGUAUAGUUUUCCUUUAAUAAAAAUAAAAUAUACAGUUCUUAUUGUGACUGUUGCCCAGUAAGCACAUAAAUAUGUAUAUGUUAUUGAAAUAAAAUUGAGAAAAAUAUUUAGAUGAUUUGUUCUGUGAUUGCUGGGUAAGACUGAUUAAAACAGAAAAUACAUACUACAAUAUAUAUUACCAUAAAACAAUUUAUUUAAAACAAAAUGAAGAUAUGUGUCUCAUGGAACUAAUAUAAAUAUCUCGUUAAGUUGCAUGUGACACGUGAUCUGAACUAAACACUGAACUUAAUUGAAAUAGUGACUAAAAUUGCAUGGGCUAUACCCUCCUUUAAUUGUUUAAAAUCAACUGUGCUACUUAAAACCUAAAAUUUAUUCUAAAAGAAGGUCUCUAUUCUAUUGAGCAAUAAAUAAUCUACUGACUAUUGCAUAAUCACUUUCUAGAAAAAAAAUUAAAUACCAAAUGAACCACGACAUAUAAAAGUCGUUAAUAUGUGUACUAGAAUGUUAGUGUCCCUAAAAAUAAAAGGUUUAGAAAUUA